ACAAAAAAUAAGUAGAAAACUUACGUGGCACGGUUGCCCUUUAACCGCCAAUUUGACAAAUAAAACAGACAACGAAAUCAAAUCACUCAGACACUAAAAUCACUCAAAUAACUUCUUCGUCUUCGUCUUCGUCUUCGCCAAUUUGAAUCCCUAAAAUCAUUUGCGUAGAUUUUCUUCAAAUUUCCACCAUGAGUCAAAUCUUCACAGCAGCUUCUCUUGGAGACCUUAAACUCAUGAAAGAAAUGGUGAAACAGGUUACUGAUAAGUUUGGAAAACAGACGACGAAAGAAAUCUUGGGAGAAAAAGACUCGAAGGAGCGUACAAUUCUACACGUUGCUGCUUCCGAGGGUCGAACUCCAAUCUGCAAAUACCUAGUUGGUACUAUCAAAUUUGAUGUUAAUAGCCAAGAUUUAAUGGGUUACACCCCUCUGCAUUUUGCGGUUAUGGAAGGGCAUUACAUGACUUCUUCUUUUCUACUGGGUCAUGGUGCAAAUCCUAAUUUGUCAAGCCUUAAUGGAUUAACUCCAUUGCACUAUGCUGCUAAAAAUGGAAGAAAAGACCUUGUGAAACUGUUAAUAAAAAAAGGUGCUGAAGUUGAUGCGCCAUCGGCUUCUAGAGGCACGCCAUUGCGACAGGCCGCUGGAUAUGGCAUGAAAGAUGCUAUUAAGAUUUUGCUUGGUCAUAAAGCUAAUCCAAAUUAUUCUUGUCAUCCCACAUUGAACCCGUUGAUAGUUACCAUCCUAGAGAACUCUCUUGAUUGCGUAAGGAUAUUGCUCAAGCAUGGUGCUGACCCGAAUCUUGGUUUACAAGGAGAAAAACCUUUGAUUGUGGCUUUAUCUGCUGGCAAUAUAGAUAUUAUCAAAUGCUUGCUUAAAGCUGGAGCUGAUCCUAAUACUACUAAUUUUUAUGAUUAUAAACCUAUUGAAAUUGCGGCUGCUGAAGGUAAUCUUGCAGUUGCAGACAUCCUCUUUGAUGUUACUGAUCGUAUUCCUCAUAUUCCGACCUGGAGCAUUCAUGGAAUUCACGAGUAUCUCAACUCUGAGGAAGAAAAAACUCAGCGGCAACUCAAAAUGCCAGCAAAAUUCUUAGAAGCAAAAGAAAAUGGAGCACAAGCCAUGAUAACAAAUGAGUACAUGAAUGCAGUUUACUGGUAUACAGAGGCUACCAGGUUGAACCCAACAGAUGAGAUAGUGUUAUCCAACAGGAGCUUUUGCUGGUCCCGCAUGAACGAGGGUGAUCUUGCACUCUCGGAUGCAGAAUGCUGUAUUAGACUGAAACCAGAAUGGGCUAAGGGAUAUUACGUUGCAGGAGUAGCCUAUAUGAUGCUGAAGGACUAUAAAAAUGCAGUAGCAGAAUUUGAGAACGCGUGUAAGUAUGAUCCUCUCAAUACGGAGCUCCGAGAUGCUCACAGUGAGGCGUUGGCGAAGUUACAAGCACCACCGACGGAUGAUUUCAGCCGGCCCUCUGUUAACUGAUUGUGUUGAUUGCAAUAUGUAGUUUUGGUGACCGGAAUAGAAGAAAAGUGAGGUAUAUUUUGUGAUUAGAGUAGAAAAGAGCUUAACACAACAUUUUGUCUUGGUGAUUGAUGUAGAAAAUGUAUAUCUUAGAAAAUAUGAUACAAUAUGUCUAAGGAAUUACAAUAGUAUGGCUGGAGUACGUAGUUGUUUAGUUGUGUCACUGUGUGUGACAAUUAUCAUGUUUCCCAAACAAGGAUUUUGGAAUUGAAUUACUUCUUUUAAGAUUUUAAGUUCAA